CAACAGGCGUAGCCUGCAGUGCCAUAACGUGCUGUUUAUAUCAUCGUAAAGGAUUAUCAAGCUGACCUGAGAAACGGAUCAACAUGUAGUGAAGUGUACCAUUUUCAUGCGGGCCUAUUUUGAUAGCCUGUUAGGACAUUAGCAGCAAACACAGUGGCGUAUAGUGACAGGCAGCGGCGAGAUGGUGACCCAGCUCAUCUCCGGCAUCACGUACGGCAUCCAGGCUGUGACCUUGCCAGGCAGUCCCGUCGCCAUUCCUGCCCCGCUUCCCGUCCUUUCUGCCAACACCAGACUUUACCUGGAGUUCGCGUGCCAAAAUGAGCUCAUCGGGAGGACAGUUUUAAAGCUGGUAGAUUUCGGCAGGCUAGGCCGCGAGUUCGACCUCCUGGUGACGGGCCGACUCGGAUACGGCUACAAGGGUUCGAGAGUGUACGCCUGCUGUAGGAACGAGUGGUGUCUGAUGGGGGACUUACUCUACGAUGCCCCCGCGCCACCCGAACAGCCACUGCAGGACUGGGACUGCAGGAGCGCCAUCCCGUCCCAAUCUCCAGACUCGGGGACAUCCGAAGGAGAGGCAGACGACGGAGGGGUGUUCGUCCCGCGAAAAUUGCAUCGAGGUUACAGAGGGCUGACUGAAGAGACAUAUACUGCAGCCUGCAUAAAGAAAUCGACCCUCAGCGACAGCGUGGGAUCUGUCGUCUUAGUGGGGUCGGACCUGGACAUGAGCACCGGCGCCUGGACCCUCGGACCGCAGUUCAAGAUCUGCCUCAGCGAGUCACUCAUACAGUCAGGGCGAGUGGUGGCGCAGGUGGAGGCGGGGAUGGACGUGGUCGCGAGACUCUCUCAGAUGAGUCUUAAAGGAGACUUCGCUCCGACGGAAAGGAUUACCAUCACCAACUGUGGCUCCUGCUGACGCUCGGGAGGUCAUUUCUAUUGUUAUUUUUACGACAUAGGCCUCUCUCAAUUCACUAUUAAGAGGGUACUUUGGCAGUAUCACCCUUGACUGAUUGGAUGCCCUUCCUAAUCAACCGCGGUUCGGCACGCUAACACCUGUGCCACGGCGGCGACUUCCCUGCGACACCUGCGUUUGACUUCUCAAGGCGAUAAGUCGUUUUCUCGCCGAAAUAUCGGACUCGAGCUAGCAAUCAGAGCGCAGGCAUUUUUUCGACUGCCGCGACGGGGAAGUGAACUCGAGACCACAAGGGCCGGAGUCCAGUGCUCUAGCUGCAGGACCAUCGCGACAGUCAUAAACAUAUAUAUAAAUACAUAUAUGUAUAUAUACGUUUUUAUAUAUCAUGUGUGUAUAUAUUCAACAGCUAUUAAAUUAUUUGCUCACAAUAGUGUUUCUCUUUCAA